GACCGACUGGGCUCCUGUUAUCCAAGGCAAACAGAGGACUCGUACACACAACACACCGACAGACCUGCUGCAAGCUGACUCCCGGCACAUUCUCAGCUCCACUGAACUUGGCCACUGGCUGCCGUCUUCUCUGACGAGGAAGGGAAAAGCUGCACACCUCCGUGGGAGAGCUCAGAUAAAGACGUGCCUUCAUUCUUGGAGUGGCGCUGUCACACACCGAUAUACAAAUACGCAUUUAGAUACGCAUACGCGCAGAAAUACACACAGGCUGUGGCACACACAGUCCCAGGCGCACACACACACACUGCCGUGCACGCGGAGGCACGCGGACACGCACGCGGACGUGCACACACACACACACACACACAGGAGCAAACAGUCUCUCUCUCCUUUGCUCGCUCAGCCGCUCUCUCUCCCUCCCUCCACACACACACACACACACACACACACACCGCUACAGUAUAUCAGCUAGCGACUACCGGAGAGCCAGAGGGGAGUGCAGAAAUGAAUGUGAAGAUCCUGACGCUGGUGAUUGUGCUCUUGGUGUCUCUGCUGUGUUCCGCCAGCGCUGGUCCCAUCAUGGCCUCCACGGAGCAUGGCGCAGUGCUAGAAGAGGCAGGGGGUGUGAGAAGGGUGGCUCAGCAGAACCCCGGCAGGGGCGGCCAGAGCCACAGACCAGCCGGCUGGAAGAGGAGACGCCCACGACCCCGUCUCUCCCACAAGGGGCCCAUGCCAUUCUAGAGCAAGGCACUGCUUCGAGUGCCCACCCCCAGGUUCUGAUUUCUAUGCUCUUCCUUUGCCUUGGGGGGCCUUGCAACGGAGGGGCUAUGCUUGCCCAGCCUGAAGAGUGAUGUCUCAUAGCAACUGCUGGUUCUUCAAGCAACUCUUCUUCUGUCCACAAAAAAAAAUCAGGACAAGCCGCUCACCCUCAGCUCUAAGAAGAAUUGGGGGAAGGGAAAUUGCGGGGGUGUGGGGGGGGGGUACUGAGCCCGAGCUAUCAGAUUAUAUUUCUCUGUCUCUCUCUCACUCCCUCACUCCCUAUCUCUAUCUUUGUCUCCUCCCCCAAGUGUUUUUUAUCAUUUGCUUUCUAGAGCUCUGUCACAGCUGGUCUCCUCAGUGUUGCACACUUUGCAUGAUGUGUGGUUUGACAGGGAGUCUGGUUCCAAACAGUCUUAGUCCUAAAGUGUCAGUCACUUCUUCAUGGUGUGGUAUUCCCAUUCUCUCAGAUCCAAGGCAACCACAGCCAUUCGCUCCAUUGCUGCAUAGCUACUUCUGGCUUUACUACUGAAUGGGUGGUGAUAGUGAGGAAGGGCAGUGGCAGUUGCAAAAGGUGACUGCAUUUCUUCUACAACGAGUUUAGAUGUUCGUAGGUCCAUUGAAGCCAGGUUAAAGAAUUUACCCAAUACAUUUAAUCUGUCUGCAGCAAAGGUCAAUCUGGGGUUUUCCUUUUAGAAUGUACAGUACUUUUAGAAAGUCCUUUUAGAAAGUACAUUACUUUUUAUUUUUUCAAUAAAAAGUAAUGAAAAAAACAAAUUACUUUUUAUUUCAUGAUAAUUUCAGCAAAAUUACCAUUGUGAUUGGUGCUUUGUACUUCAUUAAUACAGUCAGAUGUGAAGUAAAAAAAUGUAAUAGGUCCAGAGCAAGGAUUCCAUUUCACUGUUCAAAACAAGCCCAAAAAUCUGCUGUAAGUGUCACACUUAAUUCAUUCAUCUGAAAGAUUCUAUAAUCCAAAGUUCCUUAGGUGUUACACCUUACAAUUUUCCCAAAGCUACAAACACAGUGUCCUAACCUGGGAUAGGAGUCCUUCGAUCCAAAACCCCAAUCCAAUUCCCGAUCCCAUUCCAAAAAUCCAAUCCCAUUCCCAAACCCCGGCCUCCUUGCCACUCUGCAGCCCCGAGCAGCUGCUCCACACGACUGUUAACUGGCAGGGGUGGUCUGGUCAGUUCUUUGAAACAACAGACUCCCUCGCCUUUUAAUGAAGUGCCAAAUGAUAACCUACUCCACAAUGCUGCCAGGAACGAAAGGCUAAGAGAAAUGAGAAACACAUUAGGCCUACCUCUUGUUUGAAGUUUUGAUAACACUGAAACAUAUGCAUUACAACAUGUUUCUUGACAUCAAGAAAAUCCCAUUUACAGGCAUUGGUAGCAAGGAGGACAGUUAAAUUAGACCAAAAACACUUUUUAAGCAGACAUGCUGUCAGCUCUGUAAACACACCACCACGUUCAGCCUACCGAUAGUGCUCUCUUCUCUGACUGUUCAGCACAAGGCUGGUUCAACCCUUCGACCGAGAUCUUUGAUUGACGGAAUGUGCUAUGCCUUUCCAUCAUACUGGAAUAUAUUAAUGUUUUGUUUAGAUUUUUCGUUCCUAGUUUUAUUUCUUUUUUUCUCAGGGUGCUGUGAUAGAUGCCUGUACCAGAGCAGUCUCUAUUUUACGCAUUUAUUUAAGGAACACAAACACACAUUUAUAUAUGACAAGCAGAUAUCGACAUAUACUGUAACUUUACUUUUCCUGCCUAUGUAUAAGACCACUACAGCCAUGCAUCCAGACUCAGUCCUUGCAAAGUUAUCACGGCUCUUUAUCCCUAUGUUGAGUUCAAUUGCCUUCUUAGCUUGCGCUUCCACAGCACAGGUGGUCAUGGCUUUGAUCACGAUGAUCAUUAAAUCCUAUAGCUAAUCUCUCUCAGAUGGGCUUCCCCCUAGGCUGGCGGGGGCCACUCACAGGCUGAGUUUAUUGUCAAAUUGGCUUAGAUUGGAAGCAAACCCUUCCCCCCUCCCCCGUCAAACACCCUGCUGAUUUAUGUUGCUAGUGAACAAGCUAUACUCUGGACGUGUAGGGCAGUCACCAUCCAAUCAGCAUCCAGUUUGUAUCCAGGUGUGGGAGGGAUGGAGAAAUGUGGUUUCAAAUCUGGUUUCAACUACAGCUAGAAUGGCUUUCACUAUAAGACAGUUACCAAUAUUCGGCGGAAAAUAGUUAAAAUAUGGGGAGGGGAGGAAAUUAGAAGGUUUUUGUUACCUGCUUAGUUUCAACCUAGAUGUUCAAUGUUAUCUUCUAUCUGCUAUUUCUCACCCAGAGAUAUAAAUUUAAAAAGCUGCUUUGUGGCAUCUUGGCCUCACAGCGUGAGGAGCUCCUAUUAAGAAAGGAUCUCGAACCACAGUGCUAACUCACUCAGUCAAGCUCACCUUGAUUAAAAAUGUAUUCAGUCUUAGGGCAGUGUGAAGUCAUAAUUUCAGUCACACUAUGAUUAUUUCAUGCCCUCUCAGACAGAGAUGUAGAUUUAAUUAAUGCUCCGUGGAGAUGAGACAGCUUUUGCUCAGGGUGUCUCAUGUAUUAUUAGACGGGUAAAGAGAAGGGGAACAGGAGCCGGGGCUGGUCCGUCUGAGUCGAGCUGGACUUCAAAACAAGGGGUUUCAAAAAUCGCUAUUGUCCUGUCCGAGAAGCUAGUGUUAAGAGAGCCGAGAACGUUUGUUUCCGCACUGUUCUUCAUGAAUGUAUCCGUAAUCAUCUACACCAGCCUAGCUGCCACUUCAGACGGGUUCAACAAACCCACUGUUUAUGCAGAGUACAAUUUGAGUCUUGGUCUCCUCUCAGCAGUACAUAUCCCUGAUGACGAUUAACGGUUGGGUUCGAACAACCAAAAGCCAAAUAUCACGUGCUCCAAAACCUCCCGAUAUCAAUGAACACCAUCAAUCAACCGGCUUUGCCCCGAGACUUCUCUGUACUGGCACGCAAGGCUGCACUUUUGCAAUUCCAUUAUGCUGCUGGAAAAAUAAACCCUUAAAACAAGAGUCUCCUCUAGGUAUAAAAUGGCUUUCCAGUGUAUUGUGGACAGAUUUUGUUGUUUGAUUCUUGUCUAGCUGCUUGUCCAAAGCUUACUUUUUUUAAAACAGUGUGGAAUACAGUUGUAUCCUUUGUGGUUGUGAACGAAAAUCGAAAAAUGUAGUCUGCCACGCUGUAUGUCGCGGACACAUGAGAGCUUUCACGCAUUCUUCUCCUUUAGAACAUAGCCCACAGCCCUUCUCUGCAGAUCAGGUUAAUGGAGCUUGUGGUGUAGAAGGACAAGCGCGUCUGACUUGGUAAACCAAUAUAUUAUGCUUGGAGAGCAAAAACCAUUUUCCUUAAUUGUCUUUCUAGCAAAGCUUUUGCAAGAGAAACGAUUCCCAUCCUCUCACCUUGUAUCCUUUUAAUUCCUCGUCUUUGUUACAUCCCAAGGCUUGAGUAAUGUUCUAUGCACUUGUUUUCACUGAAACAUACUACGGUGUGUUCAGCUUCUUUCACCACUUGUCGAUAUGUCCAUUUGGCUGCGAGCAUGUAGGGGGUAGGAAUCAUUGGAGGAAUACAUGUGUAUGACUGGUGGAGACAAGCAAAGGGAGCCUAGCGGCUAGCAAUAAAAACAUCAGCUUAGCUGUAGGUCACUGUCUCGCUGAAGCUUUAGGCUGUCUUCACAAAGAGACCAUCAAACCGGCAAGGUGUUUAAAGUUUGAUGUCGCUGUCGCUUUCUCUCAACACUUGACAAGCUACAAUGAGACCCCUUUUCAAGCGUAACAUGACACACCAAGGAGAAAGAGAAACGACUGAUGAGCUAGCAUGCAAUACAUUCCAUGGUUAUACCUUGUGUAUCUAACCCCAUUACGUAUCAUGUAUAGAGUGAGGGUAUCUGCAGGAUCAAAUGGCUAAGAUUCAAUCCUAAAGCAUUCACACAUUUUAACAGGCUGGGCAAUCCAAAGGAUAACUAGAUUUGAUCUCCGGUGGGAGAAGAGAAUGAUUUGUCAUUAUCUCGCAGUCUCAAAAUAAUGAGACGUCCUUAGCCCAGAAUAGAGCAGGCCCCUCCUCCCAUUGAUUGUGACAAUGUUCUCCAUCCACAUGGCCGGCUGGGUCCACCAUCAAUACCAUUCAGAGUAGUUGAAGGAGAGCUUAAGAGUCUGUAGGCUUACAUGCCACUGCAACAGUGUUACUUACUAGGUCACAUGCAAAUUGUGGUAAAAAGACAAUGUGUUACACCUGAACUUUACUCUUGUCAAAGGUGUGUGCUCAUAUUACUACUCACCAGGCCAAAUGUACAGUCCCUGUCUCUGUUUUGAUGUUGAACUGGGCAAAAAAUAAAUGGAUAAAUGAAUAAAUGAAUAAAACAAGUGUCUCAGAAAUGGUUGAAAUACUGUGUACAUAUUUGAACUUUUGGUUUCUAAUUUAUAAAAUAUAAGCUUUAGCUCUUGGAGUACUUAUUUUUUUCCUUUCAUGCGUAGCUUUGUGUUUUUAUUUUCUAUUUCUGUAAAGUGUGUAAAUAUAUCUUUAUGAUAAUAAGUAAUAUUAAAAAAUCUUAUUU